GUUUGCUCCACAGCCUUGUUUUCUUUAUAUUCUACCUCUUUUCAUCAUUCAUCAUAUUACAUUAUAAACAUAUCUCAGAAGAACAAAGUCCUUUCAUUAGGAAGGAAAAAAAAAUGGCUCAUGUAGUACAUGGGAGGAUGGAGAUUGAUGUCGGGAUCAGAUCUCCGCCGGAUAAGUUCCACGAUGUGUUCAGCUGCAGGCCUCACCACAUCUCGAACGUGACCCCUGCGAAGAUACAAGGUGUCAAGUUGCACGAAGGCAACUGGGGAAAAGUUGGCUCUAUUCUCUGCUGGGAUUACGUCCAUGAUGGAGAGGCCAAGGUUGCGAAGGAGAUAAUCGAGGCCAUAGAUGAUGAGAAGAAUUCCACCACCUUCAGAGUGACCGAAGGUGAUCUGAUGAAACUGUACAAGAACUUUAUUCUGAUCGUUCAGGCCACUCCAAAGGAGGGAGGGACUGGGAGUGUCGUGCACUGGACACUGGAGUACGAGAAGCUGAGCGAGGAAACCCCAGAACCCUACUCUCUACUCGAGUUCUGCGUACAUGUCACCAAGGACAUUGACGCUCACCUGAUUUCUGGGGCCUAAGGACCUUCACAAGCCUUUCAGUAAUAUAUGGACGUUUCUGCAUAAUCACUUGUGUGUAUGCUAUGUUAAAUAAGGAGCCGAUGCUCUGCUAUGUGCAAAAACGUGUGCGGUGUUACAUCUCUAUAAGCCAUAUGUGUGACAUUUUUGAUUCUGUAAGAUCUACUAGACGUGAAAUGGAUAUGUUACAGGUCUGGCCUUAUAUUAAAAGCCCGUCCAGAAUGUUUCUGUAAGAUUUCUGUUAGCCUGUUAUUUAAUAGAAUACAGAAUCAGUACUGGAAAGUAAUUUCGGGAUUCA